AUGGGCUGGGUGGAUCGAACGGUCUUGAUAGUGCUUGGGGUGGCGUACAAGGCGGUGAAAGGGUUGUUCAUCAACAGUCUUAGCUUGGAUGGAGGGAAGGACACGGUGGAACUGCCGAAACUGCAUGUGACGUGCCCGGUGUCGAUCAGCGAUCGUAAUGUGCAGCUUUACGAACGAGCUAUUGCACUGCAGGAGGAGCGAAGCUCAAAGGCAAGCGGCAAGAGAAUGGCGGAUCAGUUCUUGCUGGCAGCAAUGACCAACCAGUUGAUGCUGUUGUUGGUUGUACAUCCUGGACUGCCGGUUUCGCCUCUGGGUGGUGUCAACGUCAGGAAUCGGAUCGAGUUUUUCUCGGGCAGUGACGAUACUCUGCGGGACAUGACGGCGUACGCAACCGUCGGUGGCAAGAAUAACCUCGCCAGAGUGGUCAAGAGAGGUAUCGAGUUCGACAUUCACGUCGACAUUCGAUCCACCCGCAGCAACAACAAUCUCGUUCUACGUCAGAUCAUCACCAUCCUCGCUCCCUGCAAGACCAAACCGUCGACAUCGAAAGCAACGACGACCUCGACGGAGGAGAAGGAGGACGAGGUAGAGUACAACACCAUCGGUCAGGUUGAAAUGUCAUCUUCGGCUCCAGGACUUUGGUGUCGAGUGUGUGGGGAUUACAACCCGAUCCACGUCUCGUCGCUGCUAGCGAAGCUUUUUGGGUUCCCUGGAAAGAUCGCUCAUGGCAAUCACGUCGUUGCAAAGACGUUGAAGAUGAUGGAUUGUGAAGGCAAGAUGGAAGGAUGCGGGCAAGGCAAGGACCGGUGGGUCGAGAUGCAGUUUAGACGUCCGAUGGUCCUUCCCAUCCGACUCGGGGUAGAAGUCGGUGCAGGGAACAGCAAUGACCUUGUGCAUUGGCAGUGCGUUGGCAAGCAAGGCAAAGUUCAUGUCACCGGAACGGUUGGUCAGAUGUAA